AUACCUUCUGUCCAAUAACCUUGGCUAUGACGUCACACAAGAUGUAAUUUGAUAGUGCAAGAACAACCACAGACGGCACUUCAUCGUCCUACGAUUUUUCCCAUUUUCCGUUCUAGCAAAUGAAGUGCACCGAAGGAACUGCUCACAAUGUCGAAGGAAACGAUGAUAAUCUUUGUUUACGACCUAACUAAGAAGGUGGAAAACGAUGACCCAACGGGCUCCAUUAUUUACUUCCAUCCGAUGUGGGUGUCGGAACUGCAGAAAAAAUCGCUCUGUGGCCAACUGAUGGGAUCCACGUACUUUCUCGGUGAAACUCUAUCGAAAGUUCGGUUUAUAUCACUACAGAACGGCAAAUUUGCGUUACGAUCGCAUGGGCGUUUCAUGCUGGCCGUAGGGUCCGACCGCAACAUAGCGGAAUCCAUUCUAGAGUACCGGGCCAGCUUGUUGUCCUCGCUGAUUGAACUAUACCAUGGCGAUUUCAACAACUUGUACAGUGUUUACGUUGAAAAGGAACAGAAAACGGGGUUCAAUGAGAAGGUGUUUUGUUUGAUGGAAUCCACCUUACCGCUGUUGCAAUUCAAUGGCAACAUUUUACAAAAUAUGCCCCUUCUUCGGCUGCCUAAGUGCGCAAGUAAUGUAUACCUGGAGUCAAAUCAAAUUCUGCAGAGCUUCCUUCAAAAUAAAGGAGUCCUGGGAGGGUCCAUCUUUUACCACAAUAAGGUUCUGGCUUCACAGUUGCCGACCAAUUUGACGAAACUGUUCGUGUACUCCGAUCCUUAUCGCGCGAAGCUAGCGGAAAUGAUAGCAGUCACAUUCCACGUGCCAAACGGCGUCAGCCUCAUCAGUGCGUACAUCACGAAGCGUGACUACACACAGCUGGUCGAUGCGACAAAAAACAUUCCCAUUUAUUUCAACAAUUGUACCACGGCAGCAACAGCACCAGCAUCCUCUACUGGGCCACCGGUACCGUUUGCCAUUAAGAAGAAGCUAAUUCCAUCGAAAGAGCUCGUCGGUGGCACCGUGGCUGGCUUUCCGAUGCUUAAGACGGACAAAUCGAUUAUUUUUUCCAACAUUCCGGAAGAGGAAAUGGUUGGUGGGGAGGCUGCUGGGCAAAUCUGUGAGCCGGCUCAGAAAAAAGCACCGUUUAGCACCGUGUCACGGCCAACCUUUUUACCGCUAAAGUUUAAAAAUCUCACCUCACGAGACAUCAUCGAUUCCGGUGUGAAUUCGAUCAACUUUGACGAAUCGGAUAGUUUCCCCAACUUUAUCGGCAAAACUAGCGUCGUUUCGACGCCACUGACUGAGAAUAAGAUUGUGCCAAACAGGAACAUGAUGUCGAUAUGUGUCACACAGGACCAACCGUCCGCUGCACCGGUGGAGGAAGUGAAAGAAAGUGUGGAUGCUGAAGCGGACGGUGUUCAGCCAGAAGCAACGAAAGACAAUGUCAGUAUUUUGAAAUGCUUCAAUGCUAGAAAGUACAGCAUCCUCAACAAUCCCUUCAUCAUGCCGGCGAAUGUUCGUUGUGCGUCAAUGUCGAAUUUAACCGGAAAGGAACACGACGAAACGGAGGAGAAUUCGCCAGCUGAAUCCAUCUCCAAUAGUGAAGAGAGGGAGAUGCAAAGAAAGUAUCAGCAUAAGUUCCCUAAAAACUAUGACCCGUUGAAAACUAUCUGCGAUCCAACCUAUCCUAUAGUGGACCAGCGAAAGCGAGCAAUGUCGUACAGUUUGUUCCAAGAUUUCGAACGAACUCGCAACGAACGGAUAGCCGAAUUGGUCGAACAGGAGGCAAAGCAAGAAACCAAAGGCAAGUCCACUAAAGAUGCUACGGAAGAGCGCAUACCAACGACGGUUAACAUGGUAACCGUAAAUACUGCGCGUAAAAUGAAUCUGCCAUCAGAGCAACCGAAGACGGCUGUACAGGCUACGACGCCUAAAGAUCGACGUGGUCUCAGCUUGCCGAUCAAAUCCUUUAAUCUUAACGAUGAUCCGCCACCAGCAGCAAGGGUGGCUAGUAACGGUACCAGCCAGGAGCUGUUCACACGCCGCAAAAGUACACUCGAACUAACACCGCUGAUGUCAAAGCUAACCGUACUGGCAAUGAACGACACCGAAUCGAGUGGCGUAUCGAGCUGGGACACAACGCCAGGAUGUAGUUACAACAUGGCAAUUUCACCGCAAGAAUACAUUCCACAGCGCCGGAAAUCGCAAGACAUAUCACAAUCUGCGGCAGUACCGUCGAACGGCGCUGGUGUGGCGCCGGCAGGUGAUGAGAAGGCUCUCGUUAAGGUGGAUCUGUUCGUAUGCGUACAGCAGAACAUGACAUUGAUACUGGUCAUGCAGGAGAAAAACUGUAAAAAUCAACGGCUUGUGCAAACACUGUUUGAAUCGUGCGUAUCGAAAUUCCUGAGGAUUGAAAACGACAUUCAACUUGCCAUGAACAUUAACGUGGAUGGGUUUGACAAGGCGGACGGGUACAGCUUGAUUGCCCUCGAUUCUGGCUGGGAUGUGGCGAAAAAGAAUGGACCAUGGAACGCGUUGGAACUGCAGACAGCAGAAUCUUUGCAUACCUACUUCCGGAAGCGGAGCCUAGUGACGGAAGUGACGCUAAAAUCGCAAGAAACCGUGCUGUACGGGUACCAAUGUGGCAUGCGGGAGCUAUUUUAUACACAGAUCGCAAACGCCCAGGGCGGAUUACCUCCACCGCAGGAUGUGAUGGGUGCGGUUCCGCUGUGCGCAAAGCGUCGCAUCGAGCGCGAUCAUUUUGCUUUGUUACUUUAAAGUGCGCUGCGUGCAUAAUAAUCAUCAUACUACAUACAACAUACAUACGUUUAGCAAAUGUUUGCCAUAGCCGUACUGAGAAUAGGAAUACCCCUUACGCAUUACAGACACCAACACUCACAUCAUCACAAUCGCGUUUCGCCUACCGAAAUACCGUGUUCUUCUCCGUACGUGGCCAAAGUUUAAUAAUCGUCUAACUUACUAUACUCUCAUUAGCCGUCUAGUUCCAAGACAACAACCUAUUUCAAAGGAUUCCAUUUCAUUCUGUGUGGUACGUUCCGGAUAUGUUCGUAAAUAAAUGUCCUAACCCGAGAGGGAAUGAAAAUCGAA